AUGCCGAAUACUGUUCUUGAAAAUUACGGUCGUAUUUUUGUCAGUGAUAAGCCUACUCAUCCCGAUGAUUUCCGUGUUGUUUGCCAAGGCCCUCCAGAAUCUUUUACAAGCAAGUUGGUUGCUCAACGCGCUUUCACCAAAGGAGCUGUCAUUGCUCAUAUGGAGGGCCUUACACCUGGUGAUAAACGUUAUUCUACCGUUCAAAUUUCAAAAGAUAAGCACAUUGAAUUGAAUAGCGACUUAGUUUUUAUGAAUCAUUCUUGCGACCCCUCUGCUCAUAUGGAUGUUGAUGGUAUGGUCGUGUCCGCUUUGAAAGAUAUAUUGCCAGGUGAUGAAUUGACAUUCUUUUACCCUUCUACCGAAUGGGAUAUGGCUCAACCCUUCACUUGCUGGUGUGGCGCGGCAAAAUGCAUUGAGGUAGUACGUGGAGCACAUUAUUUGUCGUCUGAAAUUCUGAAGCAAUUUCCCCUAAGUGAACAUAUCAAGGACUUGCUAAAAGAACGUGAUGAGGAAUCUUCAAAAACGUCGCAGCCCUGA